UAAGAAGCAGAACUGCUGGGAGCAACUGUCGCGCACAUUUUUGUCAUCUGAGCCUCCACUAGAGGCCGCUGUGUUGGGGCGAGGAGUUUGGUUCGUCGGUUGGCUCCGAACGCCAGCGCGCUCGAACGGUUGCCGGGGUGACACUGGACGGAAGUAGCCGACGCUCCGCGCGCCAUUUUCAAACGGCUAGCUCGGCCCAUCCUCUUGCUUUCUGGCCUUUGUCGAGGGGGAGAGAAAAGGAAGGUAGGGUGGCACCAUUCCUGUCUCCUGGACCCAUGAAGUGGUCGGAAGGACCAGGCGCGUUUAACGGUCCCGCAGCCUACCAGAGGGCCGAGAUUUGAGGCCGCGAGGGCUCGUUUCCAUGGCGAUGUGGAUGACGGGGUGGUGGUGACGUCACUCCGAAGAUCCGUUUUUAACAAAAGACAAUUUAAAACACCUUCACAAUGAGUACAGCUGCAGAGCGAAAGUUCGUUAAUCUAAGGAAGCGGUUGGAUCAGCUGGGUUAUCGACAACCAUUAGGAGUGGAGAGUUUGCCUUUGGUGGAAAAGCUUUUUAGUGAUCUUGUUCAUACAACUGAGAGCCUCCGGAAUGCAAAGCUAUCUGCUGGAAAACUUGAAAAAGAAUACAGCAACUUUGAUGUUGUUCUGGAACCUUAUCGAGAAGAAAAUGCUAGACUUACCCGUGAAAAUAAUGAACUACAUUUAGAAGUUCUGAAACUGAAAGAACAGUUGGAACAACAGGUCAAAGGUUUGAAAAGUACAUUGAGGAAAGUUGAACAUGAGAAUGCAGAUAUGAAAUUUCUGAAUAACCAGUAUAUACAUAAAAUUAGAUCAUUGGAGAAAGAGACCAAAGCCAAGACUGAUAAGAUCCAGCAACUGCAAGAAAAAAAUCUGCAAGCAGUGGUUCAGACACCAGGUGGUAGGAAAAGAAAUAUUCCAUUCAGGCGUCAGCGUAUGCAGAUAGAUCAACCAGUUCCUCCCUCAGGAAUUGGAGCUUAUCCAAUUCCUCAGCCAGAUGACCCAUAUAUUGCAGAUCUUCUUCAAGUGGCUGAGAACAGAAUGCAUGAGCUGCAGCUGGAAGUGUCUGACUUGCAGGAAAAGCUAGAGAUAGCUGAACGUGGGGCGAAAAAUUACAGCAAACAGGUUGAGCUACGAGAUAGUGAGAUUGAGCGUUUAGCAAAAGCACUGGAUGGUGGUCGCUCUCAUGAUGUCAUAUCUCUGGAAGCCAAAAGCAGAAGUAAUGAAAAAAUUAUUGCUCAAUUAAAUUUACAGGUUGAAUUUCUACAGCAAACAAACAAAGAGCUUGAAAUGCGCAUACAAGAUGUUUUGGACAGUAAGCAAAAUGUUACUAGCGAAGUGGUUCAUUUAAGUAAUAAAAAUGAAGAACUGUGCCAAGAAUUGAGUGAAAUAGAUCAUUUGGCACAACAGUUGGAAAGGCACAAAGAGAUUGUGGUUGAGGCUGCAGAUAAAGAAAUUGGAAAGGCUAAGGAAGAGAUUAAAAAAAAAUACAGUGAAAUCCAGGAUCGUGAAGAAAUUAUAGUGAGGCUUAAAUCAGAGCUAUCUUCAUGUCGUAGAGAAAAAGACAAGCUAACUGAAGAACUCUUUGGAAAAACAGAGGAAAAACAAAAUCUUGAGGUGCUUUUAAACCAGGUUCAACUAGAGAACCACAGACUUGGUAAAAAAGUUGAAAACCUUGAAAUAAUAGAUCGGGAGCUUGUUAUAGAACUAGAAAGAAUGAGAUUGGAAGGUGGUAUAGCACUUGGAGACAAAUCACCUUCUCGUCUAGAUGCAUUUGUGAAGACUAUAGAAGAAGAUAGGGACUACUAUAAGCGAGAAUUAGAGUGUCUCCAGAAAAUAGUUAAAAGAAGAUCUAGCCCAUUACGCAAGUCUCCAGAAAAGAAUGAUGACCUAAGAUUGGUUACCAGAGAAAGAGAUGAGCUGCAAUCUAUGCUAGAUAGAUUUGAAAAACACAUGAUAGAAAUUCAAUCUAAUGUCAAGUUGUUAACUGCAGAAAGAGAUAAACUAAGUAUUCUUUAUGAACAGUCUCAAGAUGAGCUAACCCAUCUACGGAGAGAAACAAAAACCCGUUUCCUGACCCAGAGUCAUGCAGAAGAGGAGAGAAACAUUGCAUUGUCUGAUUUCAGAAGAGUGGUGGCUGAGAAAGAAGGACUAAGAGAGAAAUUAAAGAUUCAUCAGGAGGAAAAAUCAAAGUUAGAACAGGAAGUAGCAGACUUGGAAAACACUGUUCAUAGAUUCGAAACUGAACAAUUUGAUCAAAUAACUACAAUUUCAUUACUGAAAGACAAAAUAGCCGGUUUGGAAGAUGAAUUAAAUGUUAAGUCUCAUCAGCUCUUCCAGUCGUCUGAAGAUACUUCACAAUUUAAAACAGAGUUAAACUCCCUUCAACUACUGAAUGAACAGUUACAAAAAUCCUUAGAUGAAGUACAGCACCGAUUGGCUGUUAAAGAAGAUGAACUUCAUUCAGCUCAAGAAGAAAUUUUGAUGCUAGAAGAAAAAAUAGAUAAAUUCAAUAAUAAGAACUCUACACAGGAUGAGACCAUCAUUGUGCUCCGAAGUACAAUUAAUGUCUUGGAUAAAGAAAAGGACAGCCUUCAGGAAAGUAUAGAUGAAAAGACAGAAAGAAUUGCAUAUCUAGAUGACAAUUUAGCUAAUAAGGAGAAAACUAUCCUCCAUUUGCGACAAACUCUUACUCAGUUGGAAUCAUCUUUAAACCAAUUAAAGGAUGCCUUAAGUGGUAAAGACCGAGAACUAGCCAGUGUCCGUCGCCAGCUUGAUGCAGCACACUCUGAGCUUGGAGAAACCGGCAGAGUGAAAGAAAUGGCCCUAAAGGAAAACAGAAGAUUACAGGAUGACCUAGCCACAAUGGCCAGAGAAAACCAGGCAAUCUCAGCUGAAUUAGAAGGAGCCUUGCAUGAAAGAGAAGAAAUGAAAAUUAGAGUUCAUAAUUAUAUAACGGAAGUCUCCAGGUUUGAAAGUUUAAUGGCCUCAAAGGAAAGAGAAAACAAGGAGUUAUUAGAAAAGUUCCAGAUGCUCCAUAGCCAAGCUGAAAGCUGGGAAGUUAAGGCCCAUCAAGCUGAGGGGCAAAGCAGCUCUGUACGAUUGGAGCUCCUUUCUGUUGAUACUGAGCGGAGGCACCUUAGAGAGAGAGUGGAACUAUUGGAAAAAGAAAUUCAGGAGCAUAUCAUUGCCUACCAAGCUUAUGAAUCACAGAUCUCUUCAAUGGCAAAAAAUAUGGCCAGACUGGAGGAGAGUCUCAGACGUGAAAAAGAAGAAAAGUCUUCAAUCUCUGUUGAUGUGGUUUCUGUUAGAGAGCUGUGUGUUAAACUGGAGUCUAGCAAAGAUCAUCUCUCACGUCAGUUAACAGCCAAAUCACUGGAUUUUGAGAGGGUAAUGUCAGAAUUUGAAGAUGCAAAAGCAGAAGCCGAAUUGUUAAAAAAACAGUUGUCCAGUGAGCGGCUUACAAUACAGAACCUGGAAACACUCUUGGCUACUGGCAGAGACAAAGAUUUUCAGAAUCAUUUGAUAACCCAUGAGAAAGAUUCAGAAAUACAGCUACUCAAAGACAAGUUAACGCUUUCAGAGAGUAAACUAACAAGCCUUAAUAGAGAAGUUUCUAUACUCCGAAACAAACUUGCCCAGCUGCAAGCUGAUUAUGAUAUUGUUAAAAGGCAGUUGACAACAGAACGAUUUGAACGGGAGCGGGCCAUUCAAGAGAUGCGUAGGCAUGGCCUUUCUACGUCUUCGCUACGUGCCUCAUCCCCACUUAGCUCAACAUUAAGAUCUCCUUCACAUUCUCCAGAAAGAGCACUUACAGUUACGACAGAACGGACAGACAAAAAAGUGGGCUUCGAGGAUUAAUCAAUUAUUUUAAAAGCAGAACAGUAAUCGAAGUUUUAACGUUUGGACUCGUCAACAGUGACAUGAACUCUACCUCCUAAAAUGUUGUUAAAUCAUUUAACAACUUAGAAAAAUUAGUGUGUUUAAUGUGUGAUCAACCUUGCAAUGUUCUGCUCUCAUACUUAGGCUGGAAUAUGUUUUCUGAGGUAUACGGAUGGGCUUUGUCUAUAGGUUAAGACCAAAGUAUGUGGUGUGGAUUCUAAACCUCAUUUUGAUUUUUACGCGUAUCCACAUUUGCUUAAAUCAAAUAUGGAUUUGAAAACUGUUUACUACAAACAAGUGAAGGUGGCUGGUGAUGGAGAGAGAGCCCUUUAAGCCAUCAUUGACUUCCUUGUGUAUUGAGGUUUUUGUUUACACCCCACUAAUUUUAUGUAGCCUAUAUGUCAUGGAGAAUGUUUAGUUUAACCUUGCAUUGCUCUAUACAUUUAACAAAAUUUAUCACUUUUUUAUCACUAAAAUGAAUAUUUGGUCUGCUGUUUAGAGCUGAGCCUGUAUUUUGAAAAUCACUUUAAUUUUACUUAUUAAAGGACAAUUAAAGUGGUACGCAUGAAAUUAUCAUGUUAGUAAUAAUACAGUAUGUAUGUUUAUCUUGGAUCUGGCAACAAAUGUUCCUUUUUUUUAAAGUUCAGUAAUAAAGUUUGAGGAGUUCACACUGCUAAGCUCCAGCUUUUAAUGGCAUAAAAAAGACAGGUUUUGAUACAAGUACUGUUAGGUAAGUGAAGUAAAGAUUAAUCUUAUUCCAAUAAGAUUGAUAAACUUGAAGUUCUUGUCAUAAUAAUGUAAUAUAUUAGCAGGUUCUGGAAUAUAGUUCUUAACAGAGUCAACUCUAUGUUGACUAUAUCAUCUCUGUCUCGUAACGUCUUCUGAGCAUGGAAGCAUACAAUUAAACACAGAACUACCUCUGACCACAACUUGUUCAUUUUUCUACUAGUUUUGUUUCAUUUUAAGAGAGGGAUUUAAUUAUAGAAACACAUUUGUGAAUAGGAACCUCCAUAUGCAAAGGAGAUCUAUCUGUUUCAGUGUGGAUAGAAUUCUGGAUUAAGGGUAUAUGUGGUAUAUCUCUUUCCAGUAUAUUAAUGUUAUUUAAUAUAUUUCUGCUGUAACAUAUGUAAAUUAUAUAAUGUGCAGCAAUAAUAUACCUGUAACCAAUGUGCAUUAUGACUAAAUGAAGAAACUUCAGUUUUCAAAGAGUAAUUGCAGACUUCACUUAAAACAUUUCUUCAAAAGUGCAUAUUUUCCAGUUUCCAUUAUAGAAACAGCUAUGAAGAACAGAAAAUGGCAUACAACAGAGAAGGAAGACCCAAAUCCUAAAGUUGGAUAUGCACAGGUUACUUUUUAAUAAAACCGUUAAUGCAUAUUGCUUUAAUAAAUAAAAUAUAUAUUAACUGGAAUAAUGACUCAGCAGAAGUAUCAUCUUAAAUAUAAGGAUUACCAUAUAUUGCUUUUAAACUAUUGACAGCUCAUUAGUAUGGUACCUUCUUAUACCUCUUCCAUUAUUCAGAUUGAAAGUGGUAACAGAGAACACACACUCAAAAACGUGAAUAUGUCCUUAAUGUGCGUUAUCAUUCCUGCUUCAUGUGUUACAGCAGAAUCACAUGUGCUCUCUUUACACAUUUCUUUUUUAUGCCCAAAUCAGCAUCAGUACUUGAGGAAAGCUCAGUUGACUUAAGUGGUAUAGGUUCAAAACGUCAGUAAAAAUGUAAAGUACAUUAACACUCUUCAGAAUAACUUCAAAAUAACUGAUAAAUAAAAGAACAAAUGACUUGAAGAUAAUGUAGUUGGUUUUUAAGAAAUAAAUUAUGAAACUUAAUAAAUUAUGAAUUCGCUGUUGUGUCACUUCAGAUAUAAUAGGAAACCAUGGUUUCCUGCAUGAUGCACAAGCCACAGCGGACCUCAGGUUCAUGUCAUCUUCCACUCUUUUAACAGCUGCUAGGACAAGGUUGGAAGCAUGUUACAUCCAAACGUGGAUAACUGUGGGUUUUUAAACCUCUUAAUUAGUUUGAACAAACCAGAAUCAGACUGGAUCCUGGAGUUUAACGCAGCCUCCUCGUGACAAUGAAGGAGGGAAGGAAGAGCCCAGGUUUUGACAGUUAGUGCACAUAGCAGGGAACAGUUGUUUUCUGUUGCAUUUUAACCAGGCCGUUGAACUUCACUACUCAGAAACAGCUUCUUAUUCCUUGUUACCUUGCGUAUGUGAAACACUGCAGCGCUGAAACAGCUCAGAAGUGGUUUCUAUUAUUCUAACUUUUAAAAAACAACUUGAAGAAACAAUUUUAUUUUAUGUAUUCAUUAUGUGUUUGUUUUGUAUGC